CGCGCCCGCCCGCCGGGGCCUGUGCGCUGCGGCGCGUGCGCGAGCGGUGCAGCACCGGCCGCGGGAGCAGGGAGUAUUAUGGGCUGUGGGUGCCGCUGAGCAAGAUGGAGCUGUCUGCAGUGGGCGAGCGGGUCUUCGCGGCCGAAUCCAUCAUCAAACGGCGCAUCCGAAAGGGACGCAUCGAGUACCUGGUGAAAUGGAAGGGGUGGGCCAUCAAGUACAGCACUUGGGAGCCCGAGGAGAACAUCCUGGAUUCGCGGCUCAUUGCAGCCUUCGAGCAGAAGGAGAGGGAGCGUGAGCUGUAUGGGCCCAAGAAGAGGGGACCCAAACCCAAAACUUUCCUCCUGAAGGCGCGGGCCCAGGCCGAGGCCCUCCGCAUCAGCGACGUGCACUUUUCCGUCAAGCCGAGCGCCAGCGCCUCGUCGCCCAAGCUGCACUCCAGCGCCGCCGUGCACCGGCUCAAGAAGGACAUCCGCCGCUGCCACCGCAUGUCCCGCCGCCCCCUGCCCCGCCCAGACCCCCAGGGCGGCAGCCCCGGCCUGCGCCCCCCCAUCUCGCCUUUCUCCGAGACGGUGCGCAUCAUCAACCGCAAGGUGAAGCCCCGGGAGCCCAAGCGGAACCGCAUCAUCCUCAACCUCAAGGUCAUCGACAAGGGCGCGGGUGGGGGCGGCGCGGGGCAGGGGGCCGGAGCGAUCCCGCGCCCCAAGGUCCCCUCGAGGAACCGCGUCAUCGGCAAGAGCAAGAAGUUCAGCGAGAGCAUCCUGCGCUCGCAGAUCCGCCACAUGAAGUUCGGCGCCUUCGCGCUCUACAACAGCCCCCCCGGCCCUCUGCCUCCGCCGCCGGCGGGCAAGGCGGACGCGGCGGCCUCCCCGGGCCCCGGGCUGCUCCUGGCCGCCCCCGCUGCCCCCUACGACGCCCGCAGCUCCAGCUCCUCUGGCUGCCCCUCGCCGGCGCCGCAGUCCUCCUCCGACCCCGAUGACGCGCCCCCCAAGCUGCUCCCUGAGACCGUGAGCCCAGCUGCUCCCGACUGGCGUGAGCCCGAAGUGCUCGACCUGUCCAUCCCUCCUGAGGCCGCGGCCACCGGCAAGCGGGUGCCUCCCGACGUCCCUGCUGCCUCGGGCCAGGCGCCACCCGCGGCCCCUGAGCCUGCCGGCACAGCCUCUGAGCCCGAAGCUGGGGACUGGCGCCCCGAGAUGUCACCCUGCUCCAAUGUGGUGGUCACCGAUGUCACCAGCAACCUUCUGACAGUCACUAUCAAGGAAUUCUGCAACCCUGAGGAUUUCGAGAAGGUGGCUACAGGGGUCACAGGUGCCACUGGGGGUGGUGGCAGCAGUGGGGUGAGCAAGUGAGGGGGCUCCACCAAGGAGGGGGGUUUGGGGGGGGCCCUCCUGCCCUAAGUCAUACUCCUGCUCCCACCCCCGCCCCCGGACACCUCUGCCUGUGCUUUGCUUGUUUCAAGGGGCUCGGUGUGGACCCCGGGAUGGGGCUGGCCAGUUGGAGCCCCCCAAAGCCCGGUGGGAGCAGCGGUCCUGGAACGGGUUAGGGCUGGGGUGGGGUGAGGGCACUUGCAAGUCCUCCCUCUUGUCCCCGGGCACCCUCCCUGCCCGUGCAUGGUGGGGCCUGCUGGGGGGCUCCCAGGGAGCCCCAAACCUGGGGUUCAGCUGCCACCUCCGCAUCCCACUCUGUCUCUCUCUCCCCAGCUUGCUUCCAGCUCUCACACACAGCAUCUGAUUUCUCGGUGCUAACCCGGCAGCUGUGGGGCCCCUUAGGAGACCCCCUCCCAGUGGGGGCGCUGUCCCUUUCCUUCCCCUGGAUGCCUGGGCAGGAGGGCCAGGGAUGGCGAAGCCCAGUCGGAGGUUGAGGUGAGGCCGGCCUCAGCCCCUCCCUCCACAUGGUGAGGGGAGCGGGAGCGGAGCCAGAGGCCAGGGUCUUCCCGCCCACUUCUGGACCCACCCGGGCAGGACCCCUUAGGCUCCUUCUGCCUCCCCAUCUCAGAGGUGGGAGCGGCUGGUCACCCUGCCCCGGCCUCCCAGCAUCUGAAAGGCCCUUCAGUUCUUGACCAAAGGUGCUACAAGAACCUGCUGUGGAAACUUCCAGCUGGCACGCGCACCUGCUGUCCCACGGCGUGUUUGCGCGGGCCCGGGCUUUCCAGGCAGCUUUGAGGCUUCCUCAGAACGGGGUUGUCAAAGGCCCGCCCUUUCCUUGCCCUGACUGGUGCGGGUCUGAGGAGUUUGGCGUGGAGCCCCCAGGCCAAUCCCCGCCCCCCGGCCCAGCUCUGCUGGGGUGCACGCCUCCACACCCUUCUGGGUGGUCUGCCUAACCAGCCAGGCCUUUGCUGCAGGCAUGGCAUGGUGGGGACUGAGGUGGAGAGGGGAGACCCCCACCCCGGCCUUCCCCUUCCUUCCUCCCCCGCAUCUGGGGGAAGGAGGAAGCCUGGAAACCACUCCCCGGGGGCUCCUGCCUCUCCGGCCCCCCUGCCCUUGCUUCUGACCACUGAGGCUUUUCUCAGAGUGCAGCCUGCUCAAAGCAGUGGAGGGGCCCGGCGCCCAGGGCAGCUUUCCUUCUCUCUGUUGCCAGGGAGCUGAAGUGUCCAUGCCGGUGGCAGAGACCAGGGCCCCAGCUUUAGGCCGGGCACUGGAUUGGGGAGGGGGGCAGGCCAAAGGGGGUGACCAAAGAGGAAGCCUGUUCUCCAGGGGAGGGAGCGUAUGCGGGACCCGGGCUCUGGGGCGCUGUGGGAGGCACCCACCCGGCCAACCCCGGGUCUCAGUCUGGCCUGGGGGGCAGGGUCCUGAGCAUGGCUCGAGGGAGCUUCCUGGCGUGUGCAGCGAGAGGGGUCUCAACUCAGAAGCGUGAUGGCAAAAGGUAGGAGGAGGCAGAAAGGGAAUCCCGUUAGGUAACAAAUGCCUUUGUCCGAAGUAUGGGAGGACUUGGUUCUUCCAAAUCUCCUUGCCAGGGGCCGUGGCAUGGUCCCUGCCCCUCCCCACCCCAGGAUGUAGAACAAGGGCCCUCACAGGGUUUGGGGGGCUGGCACUCCUAGACCCCUCCCCACCCUGCCCUUUGUGUUGGCUCUGUGGCCGUCCAAGUGCCAAUUGGCUUCCCCCCAAAUAAGGGCUGGUAUUUCUCCUCUGUCCUUAGAGGGGAUGUCCCCCCCCGACCCUGCACCCCAGGUGAGUGGCCGCCUGGGGUGCCAGUUACAGGUGUUUUCCAGAGACCAUAGAAAUGUGUUUUCCUGAGAGUCCGUGUCAUUCGUGACUUUUUUGUAAAGACGUUGUGUUUUCAGAGGUGAUUUUAUGACAGGAAAGUGAAAGAAUUAGUUUUGCAAAAAAACAAAAAACAAAAAAAGAGGAAAAAAAGAAAUAGAAAAAAAUAUUGUGGGAUUCCUAUGGGGUCGGGGUGGGAGCGGGGGGGAGAGAAAGAGAUAUUUAAAGAAAAACUAGUACCGCAAUGAUUGCACAGGUGAGGUGGCGAUGUUGGGAAUGGGGGUGGAGGCCUGGGCCCGGCGGGUCCCUGGGGUCUGGCCGACUGCUCGCUCGCUCUCCUCGGCCUGAGGCAGGGGGAGGCCUCCCUCCUGUCCUGGGCCCAGACUCCACACCUACCCUCCUUCAAAGGGAAGGCUGACCGCUGGUCCCCAUAGAACUAGCGAGAGCUGCAGGGGCCAGGCGAAUGGGGCUGAGAUUUUGGGGGAGGGUGGGGGGGUCAGCAGGAGUCCCACUGGUGCACCCUCGGUGACUUUGUCCAGGAAGGCUGGUGAGUAGAUACAGCUGGGUUUCUUGCUCUCUUCUGUUUGUUUGCCAGCUUGUCGGGUCAUCUGGUCCCUCCCUCCCCAUCACCCCAAAGACCAUGACACCCCUGAGCUUCCCUGGCCAGGUCGGGGGCACAGGCUUCAGGAAGACAGGAGCUGUAGGCUCUGGGAGAAUCUUAGGUGGUGACCCUAAGGGAUCGGGGGUAACCAUGGGGAGAAGGGCAUGCCUGUCCCUUCUCUUUCCACAGGUGUUGCUGCCCCGACCCUCAGCCACAUGGCCCCACCCCAUCUCAGCACAUGCAGAGGCGCGCUCGCACACUGCUUCGAGGUGGGCUCCUCCCCUGGGAGGCCCAGGUGGGCACAGGGUCGAGAGAGUGGAGCCUUCCUUACCUCUCUCCCAGGGCGGCUCUGAGCGGGGACCCACAACCCCCCCCCCGCCACUCUUGCACGAAUCAGCCUCCUACAGGCCCUUCCUCUCCCCUUGCUGCUUUUCCGUUUGCCUAAUUACCAAGCAGAAGUUGCAUUCUGGUUUGCUUUAUUUUUAUAUGUGAAAUACCCCCAAAGCCCGAUCUCCCAUAUUCAGUAGCGGUAGGGGCCUCUGUCACCUCCCCUUAAUGCCACCCCCUCCCCACCCACGUGUCAUAGGAGACAGGUGAGGUCUGGUGUCUCCAGUUGGAGGUGGGAAGUUGGGACACCUCCCUGUCUCAUUCUCCUCUCUGACCCUCAGUGUGCCCUUCUGUGAAAUGGGUGUAUCGGGCUCAAGGCCUCUUCGUUAAGCACUGCUGGUGUCCAGACGGCUGCUGAGGACUCAGUGCUGGCCGAGGUCACUGGCGACGGGGCCUCUAGCGUCCCGCAGCCCCCUCUCAUUCCUGCCCUGCCAAGGGUUCUGGGGCAAAAUCAGCUCCGUCCUUCCCCUGCUCUGGAAAGAAACGAUGAUUGAGGUCCAACCUCAGUGCGAGGUAGGCAGAGGGGGAGGGAUCACCCCUUGGAAAAGACCAGGAAACUGGGGCUCCGGGAGGCAAAGCUGCUUCGCUGGGGUGAAGAGCCUAGCUGCUCUGGCGUUUUGGGGAAAGCCCCGUCAGGUGGGGGCCCGGACGCUGCAGCCGCUGCAGAGCUGGCAGGCUCCCCCCACCCCCUUGCCAGGCAGUCCUGGGUGAGGGGUCAGCCCGGAGGAGGAACCUGUUAGGGGUGCUGGUCCAUCACCAGCCCUUUUAGCCUCCAUGGGGACCCAAGUGGACGCACCGCCAUUCCCACCUGUUGGGGUUUUAUUGGUUGGUUGGGUUGGGUUGGGUGUUUUGGGGUUUUUUGUUUUUUGUUUUGUUUUUGCACUUGGCCCAUGCCGGACAGUGGAGCCCCACACGGUCAGUUCCACUUUUGGGCUCCCAUGCACUAGCGGCAGCCUCGGGGGGCGUGUAUGGUUUAAGGAAUCACUUUUAAAAAGAAAAGGAAAGUGUUUAGAGGUUUUCGUUUUUUUCAGUCUGCAUCUCCGCUCAGAUUCAGAAAGGAGUUUAGGGGCUAACACCCCAGGAGUGGGUCUCCCUAACCUGACUCCAUCUUGCUGACAGUCACCAAGAUGCCGAAAUAGGGGGACAGGCUGAUGGGGACUGAAGACCCCACGCCCUAGGCCCGCGGGGUCCCCCUGCCCUGACUUGAAGGAGUCGAUACCCCACUCCAACGGGGAGUGAGUGCCUACUGUAUGCAGAGCUUCAGCUAGGCAAACGGGGCUGGUGGUCUUAACAGGGGACCCCUUGCAAGAGGCCAAGGUAGAAGGAACGAAGACUUCUGGGGCCGAACCCCUGCUAUUGGGUGGGGUGCAGAUGGACACGUUUUGUUCGUUUUAAUUUAAAAACACAAAGGCCUAAAGAAAUGUAUCUUAUAAUUUUUUUAAUUUUUGAAAAGCUCAUUUAAUGAAUUGUGCACGAAUGAAUUCUAUAUAUAUAAAAUAUACGUAUAUAGCUCUAUAUUUGGGGAGGGGCGCUGUCUCUUUUUUUCUCUUUCUCAUUUUAAAAAUGAAGUGUUGCCUUUGUCUGUGGUUCACCCAUCCAGCUCCCAGCUGGCUAAACUUUGCCUCCAGUGGUGAAAGAGAGGGACGGAGUUGGGUAGGCAGGAGACCAGGAGUGGAGGUGCCGCCCCCGCGUGGGGGUGGGUCCCCCAGGCCACCUGCCCCUUCCCAGAGGCUGCGGGUGGAGAAGACGGCGUGUUUUGGGUGUGGGUUUUGGUUCUGUUCUGGAUUUGGUUGUUUCCGGGCCGGGGGAGGGGGGUUUGUGCCGAUUACUCUCGUCUUGUACGUUUAGUUCCGCUGCUCUUCAAUGUUGUAUCAAUGCCAGGAAGGGGGAGUGAAAAGCCUCUUUUGCCCCCCAAAUAAAUUGUCACAUUCCGAAACUAA